UGGUGUGGGAAGCAGGUCCUUAGGUGAAUCUCGGAAGUCAGAUGAGGACAGCAGUUUGAGAGGGCUGAGAGCUUAGCUUCUGCAUUACUCGGGAGAUAGAAUAGCUGCGUUCCAAAGCAGAGACCCAGGACCCCGCCGUACCACUGACUUGCUUCUGUCCCCCGACACCUGCAUCAAGCUACCCAGGAAAGCUCCAUGAGUCGCCAAAGCACCAGCAGUGUGACAGAAAACACAUCAAGGAUCAUGCUUUGGGGCGGUGAGCUCAAUCAGGACAAGCAGACUUGCACCUUUAAACCCCAAGUGGAGAGGAAGGACAGCUGUAAACUGUUGCUCAGCACGAUCUGCUUGGGGGAGAAAGCCAAAGAGGAGGUGAAUCGCGUGGAAAUCCUGCCCCCAGCAAACCAGGAAGACAGAAAACUACCAGUCACCAUUGCCUCCCUGAAGGCCUCUGUCCUGCCUAUGGUCACAAUGACAGGUGUGGAGCUUUGUCCCCCAGUGACUUUCCGGCUCCGGGCUGGUUCAGGACCUGUGUUCCUCAGUGGCCAGGAAUGUUAUGAGACUUCAGACCUACCCUGGGAAGAUGACGAGGAAGAGGAGGAAGAGGAGGUGGAGGAGGAAGAUGAAGAUGAAGAUGUGGAUUUGGAUUUAUCAAUAGAAGAGACACCUACCAAACAAGUCAAAAGGGCUGCUCCCCACAAGCAGACGAGCCUGGCUAAGAAAAAAAAGCUAGAAAAAGAGGAGGAGGCAGCAAGGCCCGGCCCUCCGGAAAAGAGCCUCUGGAGGAAGGUGAUCAUUGAGAAGUCUCCCUCAUCUGCACAGGGGAAAGCUACACCCAAACCUAGGAAGUCAGCAUCCAAGAAAUGAAGAGCACCUUGGUGUCUCCCAAGUCCCAGGGAGGUGACGACCAGCUGUGCUCUGGAACAAGUGUCCAGCCCCUCCACCUGAACCUAAAUGUAAUAGUGUUGUGGGGGCCACACAGGAGCCCUACAACCCGGCCUUUCUGUUUCAAGAGGCUCUUGGAGAAGAACCCCCACAAACAUGCAUAAGCCACAAUAAAAUUUGCAUGAUCAGAAUCUCCCUCCGUCCUUUCCCUGGGUGGAUCUCCUUGU